AUGGCAAUCCUUUCAGCUGCCCGGUCUUUCCAACAGAAUGUCUUCGCCCAGGAUACGAUGGCUUUCGGCCUAACCGCCGCCGAUGCCGCCAUACAAGCCAAACACCCGUCAUUCUCUCGCCUCCUUCUCCUCGUCUUCGAAGCGGUGCUGGAGGUUAUCUGCGUCUGUCUCCCGGGAUACAUUGCUGCCCGUUCGGGCAUGUUCGAUGCCAAAGCUCAGAGAUUUGUCGCUGAUCUGAACGUGACUCUCUUCACACCCUGCCUGAUUUUCAUCAAGCUUGGUUCUCAAUUAACAGCAGAGAAGCUAUCCGACCUCGCUAUUAUCCCCGUCAUCUUUGUCGUACAAACAGCAGUCUCGUACUCCUGCUCAUGGGCAGUCACGCGAUGCUGUGGUUUCAAAAAGCGCCAGUCCAACUUUGUGACGGCGAUGGCGGUUUUCGGAAACUCAAAUUCCCUCCCUAUAUCUCUAGUGAUAUCUCUCUCCGCUACGAUCGAAGGCCUUCACUGGGACCGUAUUCCGGGCGAUAAUGAUGACGAGGUUGCCGCCCGAGGUAUUCUGUAUCUUCUGAUCUUCCAGCAGCUCGGCCAAUUGGUGCGCUGGAGCUGGGGGUACAACGUGUUGCUCGCACCGAAGGAUCGAUAUGAGGACAGCAGCGAGGAAGGCGACAGUCAAUCUGCAGUCGAAGAAGGCCAUGCACCGUACACAGAUAAUCCGAUUGAACCGGGGGUAGAUGAGCCCCUAAUUAGCACUCGCAGCUUUAACGAAAUACAAGCAUCCGACGGCAGUCCCAACGGCUCUGCCUUUGUGUCCGGGGACCAGACACCGGUAUCCACGCGCCAGUAUGCCUACUCGGCGAAAGUCGGCUCUUCGAUUUCUCCAGAUGAUGAUCAAGAGUCUGAGGACCACAAUUCGACAAUCGGGCCUCUACCAGACGCUCCCUUCCUACCUCGUACAACCACAGGUGACAUGCUAUCAUUCCCAGACGUCGAAACUAUCAACCGGCAGCCACAUGAGCAGAAGACGAUCAUUCAGCAGUGGAGAGCAUCUCUCCGUCAGGCUUUCCGCAAUAUCAAACGUUCUUUCCGCAAAAGGUCAUCUGCACUCUUUGCUCGCCUACCUACAAAAUCCCAGAAAUUUCUCUCAAGCACCGGCUCUGGUCUUGGCCGCUUCUCACGCGGGCCUUGCAACAUCUCUUUUUUUGACGAAGGUACAUUCGUUCGGAACUCCGUCACACGAGCAGUCGAGCAAAACGCCCAAGUGGCAGUGCCCCUCAUCCUCGUCGUUUUGGGGGCCAACCUCGCUCGCAAUACACUCCCAGAAGAAACGGAGGCUGAAAUGGCACACCCGCGGGCAGAGCGAAAGCUCAUCAUCGCAUCUCUACUCUCGCGCAUGCUCCUGCCAACGCUGGUGAUGGCGCCCUUUUUGGCGCUUAUGGCCAAGUUUGUCCCGAUCAGCAUUCUGGACGAUCCAAUCUUUAUCAUCGUCUGCUUUCUACUCACCGGCGCACCGUCAGCACUACAGCUAGCGCAGAUCUGCCAGAUCAACGAUGUGUACGUGGGUGCAAUGUCAAAGAUCUUGUUCCAGAGCUAUGUCGUCUGGAUCCUUCCUUCGACGUUGGCACUCGUGGUGUGUGCAUUGGAGGUUUUGGAGUGGGCUUCUGCCUAG